UGGCUGGGGACUCCCAGCCAAGCCGGCUCCAGAGAGUGAGUGAGGGCAGCCGAACCCGCCCUCUCCUUGCACUGCACCUGGCCAGGAGCAGAGCUGCUGGGCGGAUGGGCAGAGCGGAGUCUCUGGAGGGAACCAUGAGUACCCGGGCACCCUCGGACCUGUGGAGCCGACCCGACGGGGAUGCUGAGCUCCUCCGAGACCUGGGGUGGUACCAUGGCGACCUCACGCGUCACGCGGCAGAGGCCCUGCUCCUGUCCAACGGGCGCGACGGCAGCUACCUCCUGAGGGACAGACACGAGCAGCCGGGCCAGUACUCCCUGUCUGUGAGAGCCAAAGACUCUGUCAAGCACUUCCAUGUUGAAUACACUGGAUAUUCAUAUAAAUUUGGCUUUAAUGAAUACUCAUCUCUAAAGGAUUUUGUCAAGCAUUUUGCAAACCAGCCUUUGAUUGGAAGUGAGACAGGCACCCUGAUGGUGCUCAGACACCCCUACCCCAGGGAUGUGGAGGAGCCUGCCAUCUACGAGUCUGUCCGGGUCCACACGGCUAUGCAGACGGGGAGGACAGAGAGCGACCUCAUGCCUGCCGCACCCUCUCUGGGCACCAAGGAAGGCUACCUCACCAAGCAGGGUGGCCUGGUCAAGACCUGGAAAAUGAGAUGGUUCACUCUGCACAGAAAUGAACUGAAAUACUUCAAAGACCAGAUGUCACCAGAACCAAUUCGGACCCUAGACCUAACAGAAUGUUCUGCUGUCCAAUUUGAUUAUUCACAGGAGAGGGUAAACUGUUUUUGCUUAGUAUUUCCAUUCAGGACGUUUUAUCUCUGUGCGAAGACAGGAGUAGAAGCUGAUGAAUGGAUCAAGAUAUUGCGAUGGAAACUGUCACAAAUACGGAAGCAGCUCAACCAAGGGGAAGGCACCAUCCGAUCUCACUCAUUCGUCUUUUAAUGGAUCUUUCUGCCAAGGAGCACCCUGGCCCGGAAGCAAGGUUGGGUGCUGCCCGACACUGAUCCUUGACAGGCUUAGGUGAAAGCCAAAGACUCUUCCUCAAACAAAUGAAGAGCAGCUACAGACUGGAGCCCAUAUUGUGUGGCUGCUGACCCACAGAAUCCUGCUUCCUUCUACGAUGCCACUGCUGCUGAGAAGCAGCACCCCCACCCCCCCAGGCCUGCUGGCACGGGACACUUGAGGAAAAGAUGGGUGCUUGUUCCCUGCGCGGCAUCCCAGGCCGUGGACAUUGUCGCCCGGGCCCUUCUGAGUCACCUGGUUGGGUCCCCAGCCCCUGGCUGUGUGGUGACCCCAGGGAAAGGAUCUGGAAGGCUCAGGACAGAUGCUCCUCACAGUGCAAACCCAGUAACAAGCAUCACACUCUGGAAGGAGGGGUCGUCGUUUUGCUCUUCUCUUUAUACAAAAGCCAAAAAGAGUUUCUAAAACUAAAAUGGAAAAAUGUUUUCCAUAAUUAUUUUCUCUUUUCAAAAGUCUUAGAAAUUCAGUGUGUCCUUCACUUCUAAUAAAACUAUCACUGAAUGUCUGAUGGGCCCUUGGGCAAGACAAAGAGAGAUGAAGGUGCAAUCUUUAAAACAUCUCAUCUAACCAUUUUGGGGGAAAUGUCUGAAAGAGAAAACAUAACUUGAAGAAGGGUAAUUACAAGUAACUUGUAGUUUAAUGAUAACUGCAACUAUUACUGUUUAGCUAUAAUAAUCACAGGGCAUCUGUAAGCACUAAGCUACCUGUAGCCAACAUUUCUCCAAAUGGCCUGAAGGAAACUUCUCUGAGUGUGUGGUAGCAAUCCUGCCCCCAGAGUGAACUGUGCAGGUUUCACCCUGCACCUUAUUAAUGAACAGCUUAUAUUGCCACUCGGAGUAACACUAAAUCCUCACGAUGUAUGGAAGAAAAUGUCACAGCGCGGUUUCACACUGGAAUAAGAGGAAUGAAAUGGUAACGAGAUACAGGUGUCCAGAUUACAUCAACGGGUUCUGGCUUCCUCUGUUAUCUUUAUUAAUACUGCUCACUGAGACAGAUGCUUGAAGGGCAACAAAAAUAGACAAAGAACCAGAAAAUAAGCUUAUGGUGCAAAGCUGCAGCGCUGCUCUUGUGGUUCCGAGGGGUAUCUUGUUACGUGAGUCCUUGUUGGUUAGACAUCUGAGCAGAGACUGCAGUACGCUUAAUGAACUGUGCUGUCUGUCCCACUCAGGGUCAGGACAGUCUCGAGGGAAAAUGCACUGCUGCAGGCUUGCGGAGUCAGAAGUCACCACUCUGCCCUCACUGAGGUGUGCGGUUUUGUUUUCUUAGAAACAAAGGUGUUUCUCUGCAUACAUAAUAUUGAUUUAACUUUCUGUAAAACGUGUUUAUUUAUAGUCUUUGGUUUUGUUUAUUAAAAAACAUGACUUUGC